CCAGAUCUCAAUGUCGCCAUUUGCCCUUCCUAUGGCCAGCCGGACCUGGACAUGUUUCUGUAGAUAUUUCUUGCCGGCGCUGGUCGAGGGAAGCAAGGAAUGUGUAAAGGCGACGGAAUUGAUGGCUUGGGGAGGAUAUUGCACAAAACGGCACCGGUGGAUAUCCAUUUUUCCGACUUGGUCGUCGGCCUCGGGCGUCGGCGAGGGGAAAGGUAAGAAAAAAAGGUGUAUAUCUCGGCGCGCGCAGCUGGUUGAGUUGGUUGACAAUUCUGUUUUUCUUUGGGUUACUGCUAUUUGGCGGGGCGCUUUCCUCUGUCGCGACCAGUGAAGCUGCCUGUGAACUUUUUUUUUUCUGCCGCUUCAAUCCGUUAGCCAAGCUCCCAGUCGGUGAAGUCGGUCAGUCAAUUAAGCUGUGGUUCGUGCACUCCAAGUGGGCCUUUCAACACCACCGACCGUGCUACAGAAAACAUGGAUCACAAAGGUGACACUCGUGCCAGUAAAUUGUUCGGAAAACAUGCCGUGCCCACCAACCCCACGCUGCAAUCGCUCCCGUUUGGAGGGGUUGUGUCAUCGUCCACACACCGAGGCAUUCUGUCGAGAGGUUGGAGAGAAACGGAGGUUGAGAGGCAGCCAAACAACCUAGAGAUUGCUAGUUCUCUUACUUUUCUCUUCUGUCCUUCUGAAUCAUUGUCAAUUUCACCAAGCCACCCAACGCCUCCUAGAGCCUACACGUUUCAAAAGCCAAGAGGCGCCGCAUAUUUCAGUCUCUCUUGAACGGUCACCUGCCUGUGGACCUACCUACCUUCUUACCUAGGAAGCUUGUUUUUGAAGCACACAAUUUUCCACCAGAACCCAACCUAUCUCAGUCUUUCCUGUAGCAACAAAAGUCAUCAUACACUAUGAUUAACUUCAACAGCGGUUCACCCUACCCAGAGGGUGUCAUCUCUUUUCUGGAUACAGAUUUGUACAAGCUGACGAUGCAAUGCGCCGUCCUCAAGCAUUACAAAGAUGUACCAGUCACCUAUGCUUUCACCAACCGAACCCCCGAGAAGAAGCUCUCACGGAAGGCUUUCAACUGGCUCGAGGAGCAGAUCAGGAAGCUUGGCAAUAUUUCCUUGUCAGCUGAGGAGCUCCAGUACCUCAAGCAGCACUGCCCAUAUUUCACCUCUGAAUAUCUUGAGUUUCUCUCCGAAUUCCGCCUCCGGCCGAGGGAGCAAGUAACAACCACCUUCUCGCCAGGUAGCGAGGACACUGGUUCCGAGGACGACAUUGGAGAGUUGGACAUCAAGAUCAACGGUACCUGGCUGGAAACGAUUCUGUACGAAAUCCCUCUGUUGGCAUUGACCUCUGAAGCCUAUUUCAAGUUUAUGGAUACCGAUUGGACGUAUGAUGGGCAAGAGGAGCAGGCUUUUGAGAAGGGUAUGCGCCUGCUCGAGGCCGGUUGUGUGUUUUCAGAAUUCGGCACCCGUCGACGGAGAGACUAUCACACCCAGGCUUUGGUUUUCAGAGGCCUGACCAAGGCCAGCAAGGAAGCGGGAAAGAAGGGCUGGUCUGGAAAGCUGUCAGGGACCAGCAACGUUCACCUUGCCAUGCGCUUUGGCAUCCCCCCAGUGGGCACCGUCGCUCACGAAUGGUUCAUGGGUACUGCUGCUAUCGUCGGUGAUUACACACUUUCUACCGAGGAGGCUCUCUACCGCUGGGUUGAAUGCUUCGGUGAGGGUGUUCUCGGCAUUGCUUUGACCGACACCUUUGGUACUCCCGAGUUUCUCAAGGCUUUCAGCAAACCCGUCAGACAUCUGGGAGAGCCGGCUCCCCAGCACACGGACCGCAAGCCCAGUGUUGCUGAUUCCUUCAUCUCGGCGGUGACCUCGGCCACCAAGCCGGCCAAGACUGAAAAGACAUACGCCGAUGUUUUCACUGGUGUCCGACAGGACUCAGGAGACCCCAAGACUUUCGUCAAGGUUAUGCGCAAGUUUUAUGAUGAGCAGGGAAUUCAUGACAAGAAGGUCAUUGUCUUUUCCGAUUCUCUCAACAUUGACCGGUGCUUGGAGUACAAGCAAGUAUCAGAGGAAGCGGGUUUCCAGCCCACAUUUGGUGUUGGGACAUUCCUGACCAACGAUUUCGUUCACACAACGACCGGAAAGAAGUCGACGCCUCUCAACAUUGUCAUCAAGCUGAGCUCAGCGGCAGGUAGGCCCGCCAUCAAGAUCAGUGACAACGUUGGCAAAAAUACUGGCGACAAGGAGACCGUUCAGCAGGUGAAGCGCCAACUUGGCUAUGUCGAAAAAGAAUGGCAAGAGGGCGAUGAGUCGGCGAGAUGGGGCCGCGAGGACGACAGCACCAAGCAGUGA